GCGACAAAGUCCUGGUAAAAGCACCUAAUCCCAACAAUUUGGAUCCCAAAUGGGAAGGACCUUGUGAAGUCAUCAGAGUUGGAUUCAAUGAAAACUACCUGAUUAGGAAAUCCGGUAAGAAUCAACUUGUCCAUGCCAACCGACUCAGACCUUUUGAUGUAAAUAUAAAUAAUCCUAAAAGCUAAAACCCCUUAGCCGUGUAGCGAUCGGCUUUACCAAAGAAUAAUCCUACUGCCUUUAAUGUUUGGCAUGUCGUAAGAGGCGACUAAACCCCUUAGCCGUGUAGUGACCGGCUAUGUCAAGAAUAGUCCUAACGCGUCUCGCAAGCGUGUCGUAAAAGGCGACUAAUCUAGGAUAAUUUUAGGUUAGGAAAACUCAUCUAAAUCUAGUACUAUAAUCAAAAUCUAGUUUAUAAAUCUAAAUAAAUUUAAGUACGAUAGUUUAUAAAUCAAAAUCCAUUGACAACUCUUAUAUUUUAAAACAUAUUGUCAUUCCAGGGUCAUCUGCCCGGCACUUGCACUACCUAUUCCCCAAAAUACCUCAUCUCUAUCUUAUAUUAUGAAUAAUCCCUACUUUAGUUUUAUUAUAUGCUCUAUAAUCAAAUUAAUAUUAUACAUAGUUCUCUACAAAUUAUAUAAGAAACUCAAAAAAAUAAUCAAAUUACGUAGUACAAAUAAAUCUCAUAAUUCUAAUCAAACCAAUAUACCCCUUUCAGGGCCUUCGCCUCGGCGAAUGGAGCUACAGGUCAAUUGACCGAACCACUCCCUUCCUACUCCGGUCUGUUCUUUAAAAACGAAGGCACGAUCUACCUAAGCGACGAAUCCUGGAAAUUAGUUAUCUACAGGGAUCUUAGACCCCUUUUUAUCGCAAAAGAUUCGCUCGUUCGAUUAGCAACCAAAUUUCAUUUCGUCUCUACCCAAUAUAAUAAUUUUACCCACAUUGAAACCACGAAAUCUUUUCUUAAACUAAACCUAGAAAAAAUCGAAAACCGUUUAGCAGAAUUAAAUAUGUACUUAGGAAAAAAUUCAAGACAAAAACGCGAAUUAUUAGACGGCCUGAGCGUCGUCCUUAAAUGGCUCAUUGGUACACCUGAUGCCAAAGACGCCAUGCAUUAUGAAGAUUGUAUUAACCAACUCGAAAAACGUGAAACCGAUCUUUCAUCACUUAUGCUCGAACAAACUCAAAUAAUUUCUUCGACCGUCAAAACCUUCAACGAAUCAAUUCUCAAAAUCACUUAUGAUGAGUUAAUCAUUAACGAAAAUAUCGAACGCUUAAAUAAUUACCUUAACUCUUCUCAAUCACUUCUGUUUAGUUUAAAAGCCAGCCAAGAUGUGUCAGCUAUUUCCCUUCAAAUUUUAGAGUCAGUAGUAAACCUUGAAAACGAAAUCAACGAAUGCCUAACUAGUAUCCUCUUUGCAAAGUCCAAUACAAUCCAUCCGUCAAUUAUAACCUUGGAAAAACUUUAUAAGGAACUCCUCUUAUCGAAUCAUAUUCGCACGAAUAAACAUCUAGUUUCCACCGUUAGCCCACAAAAUAUACACACAAUCUUAGAAUCUUCCUCUCUAUCAGCAUAUGUAUAUUCAGAUAAACUUGUAUAUAUACUUACAUUCCCUUUAAUUCAGAAUGAUCCUCUCGACUUAUACCAUGUAUACUCCAUCCCUAUAAAACAUCCGAAUUCCUCUCUUCAUACCACUAUCCUCCCUGAGCACGUGUACCUGGCUGCGAACCCCAGCGGCCAAACCUACGUGUCGACAAGCAGUUUAGAAACCUGCAAAACAUACGCCAGCGAAAAACAAGUCUGCACCGGUCUCGUCGCCUACGACGCUACAGCUCGUCCCCUGUGUGAACUACAAAUUCUCCACAGCAUCUCCAAAUCCCUUCCGAAAAUCUGCACUACUUCAACCUUCGAAGCCGACAUCAACACUUUUCAAUACAUCGAGAACAACAAGUGGCUAUACAUACUGUCUGGCGAAACCAACUGCGUCCUACAAUGCACUAAAGAAGUAACACAUCACAAGAUACAGGGCGCAGGCAUCCUAUCAUUACAGAAAAACUGUAAACUCCACACUGGAUACAGCACGCUAUCAGCAUCACAAGACUCCGAAGAAAAUAUAACUUACCCUAUAAUCGUACCCGACAUAAGAACUGACGACUGUUUCGAAGAAUACAGGGACAUCGCGAAACCUGACCUGAUGCCAAUUAAAAUUAAUGAAUUGCCACUAGAUUCCUUGAAACAAAUCAAAAACCAUAUAGAUAAAUACGGAGAAGAAAUCAAGAAAAUAAAAUCCACAACAUUCGCCCAAAGGAACACCACUACCUUCUCUUGGGUUUAUUUUACACUUGGCCUAAUAAUGUUAGCCUACCUUGUAUUUAAAAUUUGCAAACGCUGCCCCAAUGGACUUCUACUACGCCGCCGAACACCAAAUUCUCCAAAUCGCGAUUCCAACGGAUGCAUCCAGAUCUUCAAUAACUGCUUCGCAAAUUCAUCUCGACAACAGAGAACCCACGUCGCAAUUCCCAUGUCUACAAUCUCAACUAGCUGCGUCACAGAAGAUGAAGACGAAGACAUCGAGCCUCAGCAUUCUCAGCCAAUCUCACCCGUUUCCAUUGUUCCUGCGACUUCUAAAAGAUCAGGCGCUAACGCCCAAUCUUUAUUCUAAGGGGGGAGGUGUUAUAUAAUAUGAUCCAUCCAUAUACCUAGUUUUAGUUAUUAAGUUGCUACUCACAUAUUUGUUUACCUUUCCCAAUAGUUUUGUACUUUGAAAUCAUAAUUAGUUUCUUAAAUACUUUAUUUACACUUCUCAUCAAUAAUUGUAAACAUCCUCAUGUCUUAAUGUGUUAUUUGUCAUUAGUGUUAACUUAUCUCAAAUGGUCCUGAGACCAUAAUGUGUUUAUUAUUCUCAUGUUUAUCCUAAUAUCCUAAUGAGACUUGUCUCCCUUAUAAGCAGUACUA